CAUGCUUGCUACUAUAUGUGCGACUAGGGUUUGGUUCAGCGGCCACAGAGAGAGAGAGAGACAGGUUGUUCUGAUUUGGAGAUCGGGACGGCAGCUUAAAGAAAAUGGUAGACAAGGCAAGCAAAGGAAGAAAGGAGGAGGUGGUCACCAGAGAAUACACCAUCAACCUUCACAAGCGCUUGCAUGGAUGCACAUUUAAGAAGAAGGCUCCAAAGGCCAUAAAGGAGAUUAGGAAGUUUGCCCAGAAGGCUAUGGGGACAACUGAUGUCAGAGUUGAUGUAAAGCUCAACAAGCAAGUAUGGAGCCGUGGGAUCCGAAGUGUGCCAAGGAGAGUUCGUGUCCGCAUUGCAAGGAAGAGAAACGAUGAAGAGGAUGCAAAGGAGGAGUUUUUCUCUCUUGUAACUGUUGCAGAGAUCCCUCCAGAGGGUUUGAAGGGGUUGGGAACCAAGGUCAUUGAUGAAGAAGACUGAAGUAACUACCUACUUGGAUCUUUGAUUAGUAAUUUGAAAUUUUGGGUAUUUCUAUUUAGUUCAGAUAUUUUGGUCUGUUUUUUUUUGUGUUCGAAUCUGGUGGGAACUUAUUGUGAUUUUAAUUGGUACUUAAAUAUGUGGCAAGCUUCAUCUGAGAAAUAUAUUUUCAUUCUUGUCUUACAA